AUGAGUGUUCCAAAACUACAAUCAGAAACGUUUGGGACAGAAAGGAAAUCGGAAUUGGAGCCUCUGGACCCUUUAUUGGAGGUAAAUGAAAAUGUAGCGAGUGAGAUAUUAGAUGAACCAGAUAAAGAAGAAGAAUUCGAUGAAAUAUCUCCUAAAGUGUUUAGUUUGAAAGAUGUGAAUGAACCUUUAACAUUAGAAACGUUGAACAACACCAUCUAUGAGCUCGGUGUGAUAAACUUAUGCUGGCCGGAUAUAGUCGAACCAGUGUUCGAGACAAGAACUAAAUUUCCAGAAAGCUACUACACGAACAGUCCAAAAGAACGCUUACUACUUGCUUAUGCGGAAUGUUUUAGGCGACAGUUCUUAUUUCAUUACAAACCUCGAAAACCUUUGUUGCUACAAGCGCCAAACGAAUGUGGAUUGCAGAAAAUGGUGUGCACCACUAUACGUCCAACGAAGCUCUGCUAUUCUGACACGUCUACCUGGCAGGGGCUGGCUUCUUUAGUCGCAGAUUACUUUGAUUACGAAGCGCUUAGCAAGCCGAUGUUGCACCCGGAAAGAAUAAUGUCGCCGUACACAGUGAUCAUCAGACGCAGUGGGAACCCCUUCGAGCUAGCUCACGUGUUGGUGUCGUGGCUAAUAGGAGCUGGAUAUGACGCAUACGUGGUCGUCGGCUGUGCCACCAGAGAUACUUGCAUGGCUAUAAAGUACAGGAGCAUUUGUACUGACAUCCCUGAUGAGAGCGAGAAAAAAGAAGACAUUCCACCACCUGACGAAGAGCCCAGAUAUCGCCUGGUGCCCCUACCGGAUCUCACUUCUAAGUACUGCCGUGAUAUGGACAAAAAAGCCGAUGAUAAGAAACAAGCUGAACUGAACAAGAUCGAGAAAGAGCGACUUCGUAAAAUUGCUGAUCUAGAAAAAGCUCCGGCUGACGCUAUAAACGGGUGGCGAACCCACGCCUGGGUCCUCGUGCUGCCGGGAUACUUGGGGAUCGACGAACCUUUCUUCAUAGAGCCGAGCGAAGGCGAAGGUCAUCUCCUAGACUCAGAAAAAUACCAAUUCAUAGACAGCGUGUACAAUCACGAAAAUUACUAUGCAAACGUUCAAAGCACAGACAUCGGGUUGGACAGCCUGAAUUAUGAUCUGAGCGACCUAUCAGCGUGGGAGCAUCUUCUGGCCGGCGAGCCCCACCAUCGGAGGCAGAUGGUCGGCAUUGACAUCGCGGACAAGAAGACAGCUGUGCAAACAGAGAAGCAUCUGGAUAUGCCAGUCAGCUGGGUUGAGAAACUGGAGAUUAGUACUGAUGAGUACGGUCAAAGAUAUCCGGGCAGCCACAAAGUGAUACACUACAAGAAAGUUUUACUGGAUAAGUUCUCGCCCUACUCCGAGAGGGAUGGCGUCGUGAAGAGGAUCAGAACGUUUGACGACUACGCUUUGACCGUCCCGCUGAUCACGUACGAGUGGUACAAGCAUCGCGUCGACAAAAUGGAAACCGUUCGAAUAGAUCACACGAAGCGUGAGAUACGCGAGACGUUCGGUAUCGGGCGGAGGGAUCAUUUACUCAAGCACGUGUACUCCAUGGACGCGCUGGUCGGCUCUGUGGAGGCAGUCAGGACCAUGGAGUUCAAUUACUACGCCCGACUUGACCACCUCACGAGGCUGGUCUGCACUACCCUUACAUUCGAUGAAUAUUAUUCGAACAGAAGCGACAGAUUAGAAUCAAGAUUAGUAAUAUAUACAGAAGGAUCAAAAGAAACUAAACGUCAAAUAAAGGACGUAACUGAGACGUACAGCAGAAACCACGAGAUCCCAUCAAAGCAAGACGUCUGGAAGAAGAUCUUCCACCUCCAGGACAAUACUAUAGAACUGCUGUACCAAUACGCGUACAAUUACGUAACUAACAACACAAGGAGCUAUAUAAAACCUAACUUGGCUGAGACCGGCGGGAAAAUCUUGUUCUAUCCCGACAAACCUCCGGGUAUAUCGCCGACCCGAACGCUAAACAACCCCGCGACUUGGAAGUGUAUUACGCCCUCUGCGAAAACAUGGAGUGGGAGCACGCGACCACGAAGCAGAUACGCGACAGAGAGACCGACGUCAAUGGAUAUCUGCGGCAGAGACACAAGGAGCUCACCGAACCGAUGCUGGCCGUCGCACUCUUCGAUACCGAGAAGAACGAGGCCGCCAAGAAAGGCUGGAAGGAGCAGGAAGCAAAAAAAGCCGAAGUGA